GCUGUGCCUCCAGGGAUAUGCAUGCCUCCAGGAUGAGGACGGCCGAGCUGCUGCUGGUUGUGGGACUGUGUGUGUUGAGCGUCACGUCGUCCCUGAAAAUCUGUGCUUUUAACGUUCAGAGUUUUGGGGAAUCCAAGGCAAACAACGAGAGAGUUAUGGGAAUUUUACUGAAGAUUCUCUCUCGGUGCGACUUGUGCCUCAUUCAGGAGGUCCGAGACUCUAAAGGAGAAGUCAUUCAAGCUUUGGUCAAAGAUCUUAACAGAUUUGACAAAUCCAACUCUUAUUCCUAUCUAGAGAGUGUAAGACUGGGCAGGAAGAGCUACAAAGAGCAAUACGUCUAUAUUUACAGGAACAACAUGCUGAAGGUCAAGGAGCAUUAUCAAUAUCCUAAACUGGAGGGAGACAGGACGAAUGAAACUGAAGUUUUCUCCAGGGAGCCUUUCGUCGUCCGCUUCCACUCCCCAACGACACAGCUGAAGGAUUUCGUCCUGAUUGGGCAUCACACGUCUCCCAAAUCUGCCAUGAAGGAGAUCGAUGAACUGUUUACUGUCGUCAAGAGGAUUUCCAAGAAGUGGAGGACUGAUAACGUGAUGAUCUUAGGAGACCUGAACGCCGGCUGCAGCUACGUCACCAUCAAAGGUUGGAAGAGUGUGCGUUUGAGGAGCGAUCCCAAAUUUUGUUGGCUGAUUGGAGACGAGCAGGACACCACCGUGAGGGAGAAAACCCACUGUGCCUACGACAGGAUUAUUGUGCACGGAAAGGAGAUUAGGUCCAGUGUGGUGCCAGGAUCAGCUCAACCCUUUAACUUUAAGGAGGCUUUCCACCUCACGGAGGCAGAGGCUCUUGAGGUGAGCGACCAUUUUCCUGUGGAAGUUGACCUGAAGCCCAGCCAUCGCUACCUCUUCCGCCAUGAGCUGUAG